AUGCAGCCUCGUAGGAGACACACCUCGGUCGAGGCGGUUCAUGACGGUGGUCGAACACCUGGAGCAGCGCUCGCCACGGCUGGCGCCCAGUCGGGUUAUACGAAGAUCAAGGAGGUCGCCAAGGACAAAAGCCUCUGUUUUCUUGGGCUUGCCAAUACACACCGGCUCCGAGUUGAGAAUUACAUAGAGGUCGCCAAGGACAAAAUUCCUUCCGCUGCCUCGCCGGCAGAAUUCAUCCGUUCUGGUCCCCCUCCAGCCUCUGAAGAUCCUCGUCUCACGACGGUCACUGGUUAUCAUCGCGCCAGUUAUUUCUGCCGAAGCGAGCUGUCAUCUGUCGCGUGGGUCGUUAUGCAGCCUCGUGGGAGAUACACCUCGGUCAAGACGGGCUUCACGAUGGGUGAUCGGAACAACUGCAACACUCACCAAGACGGGCGUCUGGCCUGGUUUUGUUUUCAUCUGGGUAUCCUGGCAAGGGUUUCGCGCAACAGACUAUACCACCCCCAAAAAUAUCACUACCAAGUUCACCAGAAUCGGGCUUCAUGCUAUGGACCACUAGGCGCAUGA